CAUAUAAGACGCACCGGAACCGCCUGGAUCAAAUAUCAGACCGGACAGACAGCGACUGGCUUUCCAGGAGGAUUCUGCCACCACUCCCGUUUGUUUCUGACGUAGCACACGGUAUACACCAUGAAGGGAAUGAUUCUCCAGCUCAGCCGCGGCCUGAGCCGCGCUGCACCCGUUUUCCACCGGAGCAUCCACUCCGGUACACGUCCUGCCUGCACCGCCGCAUCCAAACACAGGGCCGAUCGCCCGCUCACCUCGGAGGAAAUCUACGCCCGUGAGGAGAAAUAUGGAGCACACAACUACCACCCCCUGCCUGUGGCCUUAGAGAGAGGAGAGGGCAUCCAUGUGUGGGAUGUGGAGGGCAGCCGGUAUUAUGACUUCCUCAGCGCUUACAGUGCAGUCAACCAGGGACACUGUCACCCCAAGAUCAUCGCUGCCCUCACUGCCCAGGCGUCCAAACUGUCCCUGACUUCCAGAGCGUUCUACAACGACGUGCUGGGAGUCUACGAGGAGUACAUCACCAACCUGUUUGGCUAUGACAAAGUUUUACCCAUGAACACAGGCGUCGAAGGAGGCGAGACUGCCUGCAAGCUCGCUCGCAAGUGGGCUUACAAUGUAAAGGGGGUUCCCAAAAACAAGGCCAAAAUCAUUUUUGCAGAUGGAAACUUCUGGGGCCGCACCAUGGCAGCCAUCUCCAGCUCCACUGACCCCAGCAGCUACGAAGGUUUCGGUCCCUUCAUGCCAGGCUUCGAGCUUGUUCCCUACAAUGACAUUCCAGCAUUGGAGAAAGCCCUACAAGACCAAAAUGUUGCAGCGUUCAUGGUGGAGCCCAUCCAGGGGGAAGCUGGUGUGGUGGUGCCUGACCACGGCUACCUGACGAAAGUCAGAGAACUUUGCACAAAAUAUAACGUGUUGUGGAUCGCCGAUGAGGUGCAGACAGGUUUGGCCCGAACCGGCCGGCGGUUGGCUGUGGACCACGAGGAAGCUCGUCCAGACCUGGUGAUUCUGGGCAAAGCUCUGUCUGGAGGAGUUUACCCUGUGUCUGCUGUGCUGUGCGACGAUGAGAUCAUGUUGACCAUCAAGCCCGGCGAGCACGGCUCCACGUAUGGAGGGAACCCGGUGGCCUGUCGGGUCGCUAUCGCUGCGCUUCAGGUGCUGGAGGAAGAGAAGCUGGCAGAGAACGCUCAGAAGAUGGGAGAGCUGCUGCGGUCUGAGCUCAGCAAACUGCCCAAAGACAUCGUGACAACAGUGAGAGGGAAAGGCCUCCUGAACGCCGUCGUCAUCAAAGAGACCAAAGACUAUGACGCCUGGAAGGUGUGCCUACGUCUCCGUGACAGCGGACUGCUGGCCAAGCCCACCCACGGCGACAUCAUCCGCCUGGCCCCGCCCCUCAUCAUCAAAGAGCACGAGCUGCGAGAAUGCAUCGACAUCAUCCAGAGGACCAUCCUGUCCUUCUAAGCUGCAGCAUUUCAGCAACUCAACCAUAUACCCAAACCCAUCAAACUAGAGAAAAAGCCUCGCUAAACAUUCAUUAGGAGCUUUUGUUAUAAUUUAAAAUGUUUUUUUUUUUUUUUUUUCACGUGAAGUGGAUGUUUAGAGGGAAUUACUGUAAACGGGCAGUGCACAGAUGCUGUGAACGGAUCGAGCUUCUACGAGGAUACACUUUUGUACAGGGAAAACUGCUGUAAAGACAAAGGGUGCCGUUAGGCUGCCUCAGGAAAGACUCCCAACACAUAUCAUGUUCGGAAGUGUUUAAUUUACCACUGGUGAUGUGCGAUGUAAAUAAUAAAUGCGUUGUCUUCAAUGAAAUCUUUGCAGUUUUCUAGAAAGUUAAGCAAGCAGCUUAAAGUUGCAUUUCAUUUUCUUUCAACAAAUUUCAACGCCCACAGCACUUUCAUGACACAGUUUAAGUUUGUCAGGCCACCAAUGGUCUACUGGUGUAAACCUUGUGGAACUACUGUUGCGUAAAUGGUCAGGUUAACCUCGGUUUGUUUAAUCUCGAGAGUGGACUUUCUUGAAUUUAAUUUAAAGUUUUCAGAUUCCAUGUCUUAAAGAUUUCAUUCAAAAAAAAAAAAAGAAAAGCCCAUAACUACAUUUGCAGUUCUGAAAGGUCAAGUAGUUUCCUUUCUGUAAUCGAGUCGAGCAGAUACUGUCCGGAGCUGUUUCACUGUAAUUUUACACAAGUUAGGAUGUUUGUUACUGUGAAAGAAAUGCUGUUAGACAACCGUAUUCCUCAAGGAGCGUAAAUCUUGAAGCAGUAAAGAUUAAUCUUUGCUUGUUACACUGAAUAUUUUGGUAUAUACAAUGAAAAUGAGAAAAAAAAUCUCUUUAAACAAUAAGGAAUGGCUGUUGUUUAUAGGAAUCAUGCUGCCAACGUAGGCUGGCUUGGUUUGAAGUAUUUUUUUUUGCUGUAUGUAUUUAAAGAUUGUCUUCACCGGCACAGUAUCACCUUUGAAGUUGUUACAAAACCCAUUGUUCUUCAAAAUAAAUUAUUCCAGUCUUA